AUGCGGCGCACUACAGAUAGAGCGAAGGCCUCCGGGGUGAGCGAAUCUUCGUUCUUGGAUCUCAAAGCUCAUGUCGAGGCGGAAAUCCAAGACUUGUCCCGCAAGAAGGCCGCCGGGCAAAGCACCUCCAAGGCCAAGGGCACGAAGCGGAUGGACAAGCAGCUGUCGGAGUGGAGCAGGAUGAACCCGGGGGUCCAAGCGCGUAAUGCCCGAGACCUCGACCUGGCGAUGAAGGAAGAACUCGACCAGCACAACGUCAAAUCCGCGCAGUCGAAGCUCACGGAGAAAGUGAAAAUUUACGACGAUCUCAAGGAAGGAGGUUCGGCAACGUUGUCGGAGAAGCAGCGCGCGGAGAGCGCGCUUGACCUCGACCACGAAGAUUUUGUGGCGGGAAAAAGCGACGGGGACGACGACAGGCGGGAUGAAGAGGAAGAGGAUCGAAUGGUCGAGACCAAGGACGAGUUUGGUCGGGAUAUCUACGCACCUCUCUCGGAGCUUGAGAGAAGGGGUCUGAUACUUCCUACGAUGAAAGACAAGGACGAAGAUCCGAACGUCCUAAGGGGAUAUGCCGCUGCUACUCACUUCCCGACAUUUGAGCCAUCUGCAGAGAGGCGUGAAGCCAUACAGACCGAGCUUGCAGAGUCCCAGAAGUCUCCUGCGCACUACUACGACAGUACACUCGAGGUCCGGACAAGAGGCGCGGGCGCGUACAACCUACCGCUCGACAAGGAUGAACGCGAGCGGGCAUUGCAAAGCAUGGCUGAUAGUAGGGCGGAAACCAACUUGAAUCGGGAGGCGACCGGUGCCAUCACUGUCAAGCCAGGCGAAGUCGAAGGAAUGGUCGCGGACGGUCCCAAGCGGAAGCGUGGUCAGGCGGAACGGGAGCGAGCGAAAGAAGCGCGGAAACAAGAGAUCAAGAACUACAAGAAGAAAAGAACGAAGGGCCCAGAACUCGACGCCGUGGAGCACUCUACAGCACCAAGGGCCAGCGAGACCACCUCCCCUGUUCCUGCUCUUGGAGGGCCCAAGGUUGUCGAUCCGUUUGCCGCCCUUGAAGCCACCGUCACAACCGACAGGAUGCGAGGAAACCCAAGUUCUCAUGGAAAGUCAUCCACGGAAGCGGACGCAUUUUUGGCUGGCCUCAACUUGCAGGGUAUGUCGCACAAGAGAACGUGA